GACAUGCGCGAAGGCUGCAGCGAACAUGGCGGCUCGCAUCUGAUGGAAAGUGAGGAUUCUCUGACCAAAAUCCGUUGCUUUCACGCUCGGUGACUUCCUGUUCAGCAUCCUGUGGUCAAAAUGGGCCGCACUCCACACAGAGAUCAGAAAGAGGAGAAGAAGGAGCGGAGGGGCGGCCUCACGCUGGGGUCCGCCCUCGACAAAUCUAGUGAACCGUUUUGUUGGGAUGACUAUCUAAAAGAGACCUCGUCCGUCGCAGCCCCGCCUUCCUGCUUCAAACAGUCCCAAGCCCCCCCCUCCAAUGACUUCAAGGCGGGCAUGAAGCUGGAGGCGCGGGACCCUCGGAACUCCAACUCUGUGUGCAUCGCCACGGUGAUGGGCAUGGUGGGCACGCGGCUAAGGCUCAGACUCGACGGCAGCGACAACACCAACGACUUUUGGCGAUUGGUCGAUUCAUCCGAGAUUCAGCCAAUAGGAACGUGCGAGAGGAGCGGAGACAUGCUCCAGCCACCUCUUGGUUUUAGGAUGAAUGCUUCCUCUUGGCCUAUGUUCCUUCUUCGAACUCUGAGUGGAGCAGAAAUGGCCCCCAGUUCUGUAUUUAAGAAGGAACCAGUGAGUCCCGCCAAAAACAUGUUCCAGCCCGGAAUGAAGCUGGAGGCAGUGGACCGGAAGAACCCCUACCUGAUCUGUCCCGCCACGGUGGGAGAGAUCAGAGGUCAGGAGAUUUUUGUCAUGUUUGAUGGAUGGAGGGGGGCCUUCGACUACUGGUGCCCCUACGACUCCAGAGACAUUUUCCCGGUUGGAUGGUGCGCUAUGACCAAGCACAGUCUACAGCCGCCCGGGAACUUCUUCACUCUUCCCGGCGCGCUCCUGGCUCCUGUCUCCUCCUCUUCCUCCCUCACGACUCGCCGCUCGUCGCACAGCUCCUCCUUCAUGCAGAACUCGUACCGCCUCCCCCACCCCUUACCCCCACUCCCGGUGCGUAAGGGGGUCCGAGGAAGACGACCCAAAUCCCAGACCAUCGCCCUCCUCAAGGCCGCGGCGGAAGCGGCGGCAGCGGAGGCAGCGGCGGCCGCAGCCUCCACGUCGGUCAACGGGAAUGGCUUGUCCCGUAGCAGCCCUCCCAGGACCACCAGCUCGCCGGGGGUAACGCUGGCCCCCCGACCACACAAGAAGAAAGCUCCCAAGCCCAGCAGCAGGAAGAAGUCCCGUCUGGUCCAGUCUUUAGGGUCCUCCCCGGUCUUGCCUUCUCCUUCAGAGACCAGACUCAGCUCCAGCCUGGUCUCCACGGACAGUAACCAUAGCAACGGGUCCAAUGUCGUCUGCACAGUGUGUGUCUAUGUGAACAAACAUGGAGACUAUGGUCCAAAUCUGGAUCGUAAACUGGUGCAGCAGCUCCCGGAUCACUUCGGCCCGGCUCCGGUGAACUCUGUCCUGCAGCAGGCGGUCCAAGCCUGUGUGGACUGCACCUACACACCCUCCGGUCUGCUCUCCUUUCUACAGAGCCAGUCCCACAGCGGAGGAGAGGUCAUCAGAGUUCGGUCCGACCAUGGUAUCCGAUACGUGAAGCUGCCGUCCGUUUCCAGUGCCUCGUCCGUCCUGCGUUUCUUGGAAAAUCUCUGCUCACAUCUGGAGAGUGACUGUGUGUUCAGCUCACAGCCCUUCAGCCCAUUCACAAAUAACAAACGCUCUUACGAGAGGAGCAAGUCAGAAAACGGUCUGUCCAAUGAGAACUCUUCAAAGGACAACACCCCCAUCCCUCGACCUCCUCACAAUAACGCCGCCGAUUAUCGAGCGGCUAAAAAAGAGCGGGCGUUUUACCACGGCCACACGCAGCAGACUCCGUCCCCUCUACGCCGAGUCAACUCCAACCCCUCUGACAUCACCCCAGCACAUAUCAACAGGAGAGUGGAAGUUUUUACAGCUCCCAGCUCAACAACAGGCCCAGACCAUAUGAAGCAAGACACAGAGCCCUCGGGAAACGAUGCCUCCUCCUGGACAGUGGAGGAAGUGAUCCGGUUUGUCCAAGAGGCAGAUCCCCAAACUCUCGGUCCACAUGUUGAUCUGUUCAGAAAACACGAGAUCGAUGGGAAGGCUCUGAUGCUUUUACGCAGCGACGUCAUAAUGAAGUACAUGGGACUGAAACUGGGGCCCGCCCUCAAACUGUGCCACCACAUCGAGAAGCUAAAACACUCCAAACCGUGAACCAGAACCAGCAAGGACGAAUCUCCCUGGAAACGCAACGUGUUUCAUAUCAACCACAGACACUUGUAUACUUCCAUCUUUAAUGAACUAAAACUGAGCAUGACGUCUGGAUUUAGCAAAGCCGUUUUUAUAUUUUGUUUCACAGCAAACUGAAGGAUUUAUUUAUUACCAUUUCAGUUCAGUUUUCUCAAAGACGAUAAUACAAGUACUGUUACACACACUGGUUUGGAUAACACUGAUGGUAUUGGAUUUGAAUGCCUUUUUCCCAAUGGAUCCUACAGCACAUAGCAAAUCUGGUCUAUUGGAGUCCAAACUUUGGUGGAUUAAGUUUUGAAGCAAGAUGCACAGUUACAACAAUAUAUCGUGUUCUCAGUGUAAUGUAAAUGCCUUUGACAACUGCAGAUUAUGAAAUGUUUUGUUGUGUCUACUUUGUCAGACUCUAUUGAAAGGACAUUGUAGUCUCAUAAUCAUAGACUGUAUAUAUAAAUGGACAUAGCUCAUCUGCCAGCCACGUUCCAAAUAUCUGGCUCCAAUUCACUUUCUAUUGAAAAACUGUUGCAUCUCUGUCUGUAGCUGCUGCUGUCAGGCUUGUCAUUUUACUCUUAAAAUGUUCGUAUUAACCCGCUCUACGUGAUCCUGGUAUUUUUAUUUUGCUUUUUUCUCCGUAACUUGAGACAACAGGAAUAGUAAUAACAGACAAAUCAGAUGCCUUCUUUCCCCGAGCUCCCGCUAGAGUUAGCAACAGGUUUGAUUAACAGCAUUGCUAAGCACCUGCUCCGUGUUAAACUAGCAGUGCAGGCAAGAAGGGGCGUUACCUUCAACAGCCUUGCUCCAGAUUGGUUCUUUGGUUGCUAUGGUACUCUCGGUUGGAACUCUAACUAUGGCACUCAGCUUCAAAUUCGCUGCUAUAACUGCUAACCUCACACUCACUUAGUCCACUUCUUUAUACAGUCUAUGCUCAUAAAAGAUACAUUUGUUUGAGAAGUACAUAUUGCAAAAAUAGUAUAUAGUUUGGUUGAAUAUUGCAAUAAAAGUGUAUUUUGUCAGUGAAUAUGCAAAGAUUUCACAGUUAUAGCUCACCAAAUUAAUAGACGAUUGUGAGGUUAGUGUUCGCCUAUUAUCUGUGUAUACUGGCUUCAUUUUAGCAUCACUGGAGUCAACAUUUUUAUUCUAAUGUUGUAUAGUAUUUGCCAUGAGGUAUGUUGGCCAUGGUCACACUGCAGUCACAAGUUGCUAAAACAGCUAAGCUAUUUAUUUUGAUUUGGCAAAAGAAAAAAAAUCUAUUUUGUCAACUGAGCAAGUUUUGGAGUUUCUGUUUGUUGGCUAGGUCUAAACUGUAAACAAAUAGGUGUAACAAACAAAUAUAAGGCAGUGUCCAACACCUUUUGGAUCCUAUAGCGCAUCUGACCUAUUCAAACAUUGGUAGAUCAACUUUUGAAGCAAAAUGCACACCCCAGUCCGCUGUACAUCUCCAUCUCAAAGCCACUAAGCACUCCUUUGAAGAUAGUGAGGUACAGAUCUUAGCCAAAGAAAGUAAUGGUUUGAGAGGGGAGUUGAAGAAACAGUUUUUGUUAGGAAAGACAAUCCUUCCUUGAACAGGAAUGGGGGACCUUAAACACUUAUCACCUAUCUAUAACUCCAUCUUGACACCCAAAGCAAAACAAAGAAAACAACAGUGCUAGCCAGGAUACUAAUAGCCGUGAAAUCACACCUAGCCUACAAACAGAAAUUGUAGAUGUUUUGAGUUUCAGUGUAGUUACUUCCUCCCUUCAGAUAGAUAUAAGGCAGUGUCCAUCAGUAAUCUGACCAAAACCAGAACUGAAGAAGCGGCUUAGAUAAGCAGCUUAACCUUAAAACUGUUGUCCAGUUGACGAAAUUGAUUUUUUCUUUUGUUAUGGAUCAUACCUGGACAUCUGAGGGAAUACACAGACUUAUUUUGAUUUGGAUAAAAAUAUGGUACAGUUUGUAGCAGGGCUGGGAAAUAAAACAAAAUUUAAUUGCCAUUUCUAAUUGUCAAUGUUCAGAUUUU